AUGGGUAACUCUCCAAGCCGCGUCACGGCGCAAGAUAAAGCAAUCCUCGACCUCAAAACCCAGCGCGACAAACUGCACCAAUACCAGCGCAAGAUCACCGUCCUCACCGACCGCGAAACCGCCAUCGCACGGCAGAUGUUAACCAAGGGUGACAAGCAGCGGGCGCUCUUGGCUCUCCGCAGGAAGAAAUAUCAGGAAUCUCUGUUACAAAAGACCGAUGCGCAGCUCGAACAGCUCGAAAAGUUAACAUCGAGCGUGGAGUUUGCGCUGAUACAAAAGGAUGUGUUUUUCGGCUUGCAGCAGGGGACAAAGGUCCUGAAAGAAAUCCAUACCGAGAUGGGUGGGCUGGAACACGUGGAGAAGAUGAUGGGGGAGACGGCGGAGGAGAUUGCUUAUCAGCAGGAAGUAAGCGAAAUGCUAGGAGGCCGCAUCUCCAACCAGGACGAAGACGAAGUCGAAGAAGAGCUGGCCGCGUUGGAGGCCGAGGUGGCUGCUAAGAACCGUCCGGUGUCGGUACAACCAGUACCACAGGUGCCGCUACCGAAUGUUCCCGAUACCGAGUUACCGUCGACACCGUCAAGAGUUGAAGAAGAGGGACAGCAGCAGCAACAGCAACGACAGAAGGAAGAGGGGAGAACGGCCAUGCUGGCUUGA